AUGAAGCCAACAUGGAGAGUGCAUGGUAUUAUCAAGAAUGGGGGUAUGGCCCCAAAUAUUAUUCCAGAAUUUACAGAAAUGGAAUACUUCAUUCGGGCUCCAACCAAGGGUGAACUUGACAUUAUUGUGGAUAAAGUAAUUGCAUGUGCUAAUGGGGCAGCAACUGCCACAGGAUGUACAUUGGACUAUGAAUUGGUGCAACCAGGUUACUGGUCAUUGUUAUCUAAUGACACACUUGCAAACCUUUUUGAAACAAAUGCUAAAACUGUGGGGAUUGAGCCAGAUCCUGGUCUUAUCAGAUAUGGUGGAUCAACAGACAUGGGAAAUGUCUCCCAUAUCAUACCCAGUAUUCAUCCAAAAUUUAAUAUUGGUACAACAUCUCAUCAGCAUACAAGAGAUUUUGCAGCAACUGCAGGUAAUUCUUCAGCCCAGUGCAUUACACUUAAAAUUGCUGAAUCCAUUGCGAUGACAGCCAUUGACAUUUUCGAGAAUCCAAAUUUGGUUCUAUCUAUGAGGGCUCAGUUGAAAGAGGAUCUGGUUAAAGAACAUGCAGCUAAAUAA